CAACGCCAACCGAGGCAUCCGAAUUGCGACCUCUAGCUCAACAUCUUCAAUUCAGCACUGCAGGUUAUCAGCUACGGUUUACCUUGGGCGCAAUCGAAGCUCCCAACCGUCGCUAGCUAGCUAGACUCGAUAUUCGGUCUGACGAAACACCCAGAGACCCCGAGCCUGAGCUAUCGAGCGAUCGAACCACCAAGCUACCACCUCACCUGCACCGCGCCGAACCACCACACGCGUCUCCCUCUCGUCCUCCAAGCUCCUCUGAGCUCCCACCCAGCACUCGAAGCCAAGUCGCAAACACCAUCAUACCAAUUCCGACAUUCAAUGCCCACACAAUGAAGUUCAACGUCGCGUCCAGACGGGGCGGAGCUCCCAGCUCUCCCAACUCUCCCAGCUUCCUGUCGAUACAGCAAUUGCUUCUCCUCGGCCUCGUCGCGCUAGCUACACCCGUCGCGGCGUCCAUUGGCGAUCGACUACCUGAGUUUCAGGAGUGUAUUAGGGUCUGCGAACGCGAAAACUGCGGUCCGGACGCUGAGCAUCAAACGCCCAUCCCCCUCCACCGCCGCCUCCUCCUCUGGUCCUGCCCCUCCGAAUGCGACUACACCUGCCAACACCUCAUCACCACCACCCGGCUCUCCCAAGUCCCCCCACCGGCUCCCCACCCAGUCGUCCAAUACCACGGUAAAUGGCCCUUCACACGCUUCCUCGGCAUGCAAGAACCCUUCUCCGUUCUUUUUUCCCUCGGCAACCUCUGGGCGCACUACGACGGCCUCUACAACAAAAUCCUCCCUUCCAUCCCGGCUUCCUACCCGCUUCGCAAAUGGUACAUCUGGCUCGCCUACGUGGGCAUGGCGUCGUGGUUUUUCUCUGCUGUUUUCCACACGCGAGAUUUUCCCGUUACUGAACAACUCGAUUACUUCGCGGCGGGCGCCAACGUUUUGUACGGGUUAUAUUACUCAGCCGUGCGAAUCUUCAGGCUGGAUAAGGACACGCCGCGCCGACAGAGCUUGUUGAGGCUUUGGACGGCGCUUUGUAUCCUGCUUUAUGUGGCGCAUGUCACGUACCUGAAGAUGUGGACGUGGGAUUACACGUAUAACAUGGCGGCCAACGUGGCGGUGGGGGCGGUGCAGAAUCUGCUGUGGAGUUGGUAUUCUUGGACCAGAUAUAGGGAGCAGAAGAAGGGGUGGGCGGCGUGGCCGGGUAUUGUGGUGGCGUGGGUGUUGGUGGCCAUGAGUUUGGAGUUGUUGGAUUUCCCGCCGCUUUGGGGGAGUGUGGAUGCGCAUAGUUUGUGGCAUGCGGGCACGAUUGUGCCGACGGUUAUUUGGUACAAUUUCUUGGUUAGAGACGCGCAGGACGAUAUGGCGAGGAGCGAGAGGCUCAAGUCUUAGGGGGUGUUUUGAGAAGUUGAUGAUGUACGACAUGUUAGAGGGCUGACAGAAUGGAAUAGAUAACAUGUUUUUUUACGCUAUAUCCAGAGGAUUGAUACAGGAAACGCUGACGAGCACGACCAUGUUAUGUUUUAAGACACACCAAUACCCAAUACCAUAAACCUCCUCCCGAACAUCUAAGAGCUUCCUUCC